AUGGCUCGUGCUCAGUUCAAAGAGACAUUGGACAAUUCAAGGGCUGAUGUAUCGAUCUUAAGCACAGAGGCGGCUUCAACCAUGAGCAAACCGGCCGUAUCUCAUUAUUGCUGUGAAUGUGUCGCGACUCUGAAUCGAUGUGCCGUCGAUUCGUGCCCGUGCUUUGCUGCACGUCGUAUGUGCGAUGAACAUUGCGAAUCUGCCAGGUAA